CACCACUCCCCGAGACCCGUUCGACGCACAUCGGACACAGGCCGUGGACGCUGGAAUGCUGAACACAUCCGCGGCCGACGCAGCAUUCCCGCAGCACGCGCUCGCGCUUUGAGAUUCAGAACGCGUUGGACUUGUACCCGGAGGACACGCGUAUUUACCGCGUCACGCGCAGUGCGGAGAAGUCGGGGUCCAUCUCACGCGAGUGGGUGCAGCAACUGCUCUUGCGGUACUGCCAUCGUUCUGACUGUCUCAAACUUCUCCCACUGCAACAGAGACAAGUGUUCGCCGUUACGCACUGCCGAGGACAAUCAUCAUGUCCCAGGCCAAGGCGCAGCGCAACGCCAGGACUCUAGGAGCCACUCCGGACGAACUGCGGAUGCUCGUCCUGGAUUACCUCUGCCACAACGCUCGUUCCAAGACCGUACAGGCGUUCACUCACGACAGCGCAGUCAAGUAUGUGGAUGCGGACGGAGACGAUAUCAUGCCGGCGCCCGGGGAAAUCACGUUUGACGAUGGAUUGCGGCUUCGUCUGGCCUCCGGGGAGCUUCGCGAAGAGAUCCGUACAUGCAUCUUGUCGGGACAGAUAGACGAAGCCAUCGAACUCCUCAAUCGGUACUUCCCUUCCGUCCUCUCGGAGAACACGGAGACUCCACCGAUAUCCAAGACGAAUGGUCGCCUCGAAUACAUACCGUCUACGUCCGUCAAUCCCGCCCACCUGUUGAUCAACCUUCACAUACAAGGCUUCAUCGAAGCGGCGCGCUCAGUUCCUCUGCCUUACUACCCCCCGGGGGCCCAGCCGCCGACGUCACCCAUCACAACCUCCACGAGUGAGACCACUGACGAGGACAAGGAAAUGAGCGAUCUGAGGGCCACAGAGCGGCUGCUACACCGGGCACAGAACCUAUACGCCGAGGCAAACCGUCUGCCGGCUGCCGAAGACCGUGGUCAAUAUCUCCUGGAGCUCGGGAAAGUCGGCAGCUUGCUUGCAUAUGUAGUCCCCGAGAAGGGACCAGUGACGCAAUACCUAGGUCAAGACAGACGCGAAGCCCUCGCAGACUCAAUCGACAGCGCUAUAUUGUAUCGAACAGGACAGCGGGUGGUCUCCAAGCUUGACUUGGCCGCGCGCCAAACGUCUGUGGUCUGGUCGAUGCUCCACGAGCAGAAGAUCAAGCCUCCUCCGCCGUCCGGCUGGCCAGAGGGAGUGGCACCGCCAGGGAUGUCGAGGCCGGCCCCUGCACCAUCAAGUAUGUCGUCUAAGAAGCCGUCCGAGCCGGACGCACCACAGGCGUUUACCCCGUUCGAUCUGCAAUCUUACUUGGAUACGUCGACUUGAUGUCAGGACGUCGACGCUCGACAUUCCUCCAUCACACUAUUGUUUGGAUCCGGGGAUACGGUUACAGUAGGGUUUGCAAGUAUGUAUGGACUCAAGGUGUUAGUAGACCUGUACGGUAAUGAGCAAAUGAUUCGCUGGGCAAUGACGCGUACCUGCAUGCUUCA